CCGAGCCAUCUCCGGAGCAGAUGGAGAGAAAAAGGCGGAAUUAAAGAAAAUCGGAUUUUGCGCCGAUCGGCCCAAAAUGGCCAAAAAAGGCCGAUCGUCGUGGGAAAAGGAAAAGAAGGCAAGACCAGAAGGCGAUGGAGAGGGAGGAAGGUGGCAAAGACCGAACAGAAAAGACAGGACGGAAGGAAGGGAAGAGCAAUCAGGAAGAAAAGGGGUACAGGGAGGAGCGGUUCAGGAAGCAAGCAGCAAGCCAUUAUUCGAAAAGCACACAGAAUGCUGGCUGGAAUGCGUAUACAGAUGCUGGCGGUGAGGACACUGCGCCAGCCAUUAGCGAAGACGCUCCGUCAACCCUUAUCAAGGUCACUGCAGCUGCCAUGGAGUUGCGGACGCCUAGAUGCAAGGAGAAACUUCUCGCUGCUGAACAACAGGUUGCAGUUCAGCACGUCGAGAUUGCUGUUUACAGAGGAGAAAAAUGACAAGAAAGAAAAGCUGCAGAGUGGCAGCCAGAAGCAGGGACAAGAAGAGCAGAGUGGGAAGGACAAGAAGCCGUCUGGUCCGAACGGCAACGGGUCCCCCACGUUUGGCGACUGGCUUUUGUAUUCUUUUGGUUUCACGGUGUUGUUUUCCUUGAUCAGCUCGGUCAGCUCGCUUGAGAUGUCCGAUCCGCUCACCUUCCAGGAGUUCCAAACGAAGUACCUAGAGAAGGGUCUAGUGCAGAAGAUCGAGGUCAUCAACAACUCCUUUGUUAGAGCCGAAUUGAUUUCAACCGAAAACCCAAGGUACGUGACCUUUACUAUUGGAUCCGUUGCGUUUUUCGAAGGUGAGAUUGACCGCGUGCAGGAUAAGUUGGGCAUACCUCUGAACGAGCGUAUACCUGUCACCUACGAAAGGAGGUCCAGCAUAUUCUCGUACUUGAUUCCUUUCAUUCCAACCUUGAUCUUGAUUGGUGGCACGCUCUACAUCAUCAACCAAAUCAGAAAGAAGAGGGGAGGCAGUGGUGGCUCAGGCGGACCACUCGACCAGAUCAUGAAUGUCGGAAAAUCAAAGGCCAAGCUCUUCAACCAGGAGACAGACAUCAAAGUACAGUUUAAGGACGUGGCAGGUUGCGAUGAAGCAAAGGAAGAAAUCAUGGAAUUUGUCAGUUUCUUGAAGAACCCAAAGAGAUACGAGAAAUUAGGUGCCAAGAUCCCUAGAGGCGCCAUUCUAUCUGGUCCUCCAGGUACUGGUAAAACCUUAAUGGCGAAGGCAACUGCCGGAGAAGCGGGAGUUCCAUUUCUUUCUGUCUCUGGUUCGGAGUUUGUUGAGAUGUUUGUCGGUGUUGGUGCAUCCAGAGUCCGUGAUUUGUUCAAGACUGCCAGAAAGAUGGCACCAUGUAUUAUUUUCAUUGACGAGAUUGAUGCCAUCGGAGGUGCUAGAGAAAAAAACUCAAUGAGAUCCAAUGACGAGAAAGAGGCCACCUUGAACCAGUUAUUGGUUGAAAUGGACGGUUUCGACAGUUCUGAUCACGUUGUUGUUUUGGCAGGUACUAACAGGCCCGAUAUGUUGGACAAGGCAUUGAUGAGACCGGGUAGAUUCGAUAGACAUAUUGUGCUUGAUAAACCAGACUUGGAAGGUAGAAAGGCAAUUUACAAGAUCCACUUGAGUCCCUUGAAGCUAGAGUUCCCUGUGAGUGACGUGUUUGCCGGUAAGCUAGCUGCUUUAACCCCUGGCUUUUCUGGUGCUGAUAUUGCAAACUGUUGUAACGAAGCAGCUUUAAUUGCCGCAAGACAUGAUGCUGAUUUUGUUGAAUUGAAGCAUUUUGAGUCUGCAAUCGAAAGAGUCAUUGUUGGUCUAGAGCAAAGAAGUAGAGUUUUAUCUCCAGAGGAGAAGAAGACAGUCGCAUACCACGAAGCGGGUCACGCAAUCUGUGGUUGGUACUUGAAAUACGCCGACCCAUUACUGAAGGUUAGUAUUAUACCUAGGGGCCAAGCAGCAUUAGGUUAUGCUCAGUAUCUACCGGACGAUCAAUACUUGACAUCUCAAGAGCAAUUUACCCAUCGCAUGAUCAUGGCUCUUGGAGGAAGAGUCUCCGAAGAAUUGAAUUUUGACGAUAUAACUACUGGUGCUGCAGAUGAUUUACAAAAGGUCACCAGAAUGGCCAAUGCCAUGAUUCUGAAGUUGGGUAUGUCUAAAAAAUUAGGCACUAUUGUCUUUGAGCCUAAAGACACCAACAUGCAAGUUCACAAACCAUACAGCGAGGAAACAUGGGAAUUGAUUGAUGCUGAAGUUCACAGAGUGAUUGAUGAUGCGCACACAAGAUGUAAAAAUUUGCUGACAGAAAAGAUCAAGGAGGUGGAGAAGGUUGCCGAAGAGUUGUUAACCAAAGAGGUUCUUACCAGGGAAGACAUGAUCAGACUGAUCGGCCCUAGACCAUUCGAAGAGAAGAACGAAGCUUUCAAGAAGUACUUGGAUCCAGACACCAAACAGCAAUAACUUCCUUUCCCAUACGUCCCCGGUAGAUGAGUUUAUUUAUAUUUGUAGCUAACAUUUACAUACCAUUGUGUCUAUAGAAUAGUUUAUAGUUUCCAGUCAUAGAAAAGACAUUGUACAUAGCGAAAUGCGAGAAAAUGAAAAAUCCUGGAG